AUGGGGCGCCACGGCGGCAUCAACAUCCUCCACCAGAAGUCAUGGCACGUCUGGCGUAUGGACAACCGCCUGCGGGUGGAGCGCGACGAGCUGCAGCAUGCGCAGCAGGAGAAGGAGCAGCAAAAAGUUGAACGCAAGCAGGCCUUCGACAGCAAGCUCCGCAAGCUUCGCCGGAAUGCAGCCGGCGAGCCAGCAAUUGAGGAGUCGGAGCCUAUGCCCUCUGCUCCAACUUCCGCGCCCUCUGCACCGUCUGCGCCGCCGCGUCUGCGAGAGCGCAAGGAUGAAGGUGAUGCCUAUGGCAAGUACGGGGUGACCAAGUCCGAGCUGAAGCAGGCCGAGCAGGAGUUGGACAAGUCCCUGAGAAAGCAGGGGCCCGUGCAGGGCCGCAGCUACUGGGGCAAAGAAGGCCUCGGUAGCGGGCCUCACAUCAAUCUGUUCGAGGAGGCUGAGCUGGCUGUGAAGCAGCAAGAAGCCGC